AUGGGCCAAUCUGUCGAAAGUGUGACUUAUGACCUGUUUUGGAGAUAUCCGGGGUCCUAUUAUACGGCAAACCUUGUUGAAGAUAUUAGAAUAGAUCAGAUAGAUGAGUUAGCAGAAAUAUCUGAAUUAACUGAUAAGAAUUCAAAUAAAAUUUCCGAAAUUGAUCUUCUGCAAGCUACUUUGAAACAAAUUAUUCAAUUUGUUGGAUCUCAUAACGUUAAAGAAAUAUGGGCAAUUAAUGUUGGAAAUUCAUUAAAAAUUAAACAUUAUGUUUUGUUAUUACAAAACGGAAACUACAUCUGUUCUUGUCUUUCAAUCAUACAAACUGGUAUUAUAUGCAGACAUUACUUUCAAGUAAUGUUAAAUACAAAAAAUGCAGUAUUUCAUAUUCAGUUUAUUCCAUCACGAUGGUAUAAUAUAGGCAAAAAUGGUCUGCAAGAACCGUUCUUAAUUGCUGAUAAAUUUAUGCAAGAAGAUCAAUAUAUUACAUAUGAUAGUAAGGCAAAUUUAUGUUUAUUUAACCAAUAUAAUAAUGAAUUUUAUGAAGAAAGAUUGACAGUUCUUGAUCAGCAAAUUAUUUAUGGUAAACUACAUGGCAUGUAUAAGAAAGCUUUGAAUAAGGCAUUAAAAAAUAGUUCAAAAUCUGAAGAACUUAUCAACUUACUACAAGAGUUUGCAGAGGAUGAAGAUGAUAGUCAAAUGGAUCAAAUAUUUGAAGAAGAUAUAAGCGAUAAAAAGAAUGAGGAAAAUGUUGAAUCUUCAGUACCAAUAUUACAAAAUCCAAGGAAAAAAUGUGGUAAAGGACGACCAGUUGGUACAAAAAGAUUCAAGUCAUCUUGUGAAGUUUCUAGAACUAAAACAAAAAUGCAACGUUAUUGCAAACAAUGCGGGAAAGUUAGACAUUACCAAAAAAAUUGCAAGGUAUAUUUAUGA